UCUUAACUUAGCUUCCAUACCCAUUUUCAUCUUCUCUAUGGAGUAGUAGUUUUGGACCAAUUUGAAGCUAUACAUCGUACAUGUUUUACCCGUAUAGGGGCUAAUGCCGUAAUGCGUAGAAAGUGUAAUUAACCAAAUAAUACUUGGAUCUUCAGUCUUCACUCUGCUUCAUUGGAGAAGAUAAACAUGAAGAAGACUAAAGCUCUGCGUUUUAAUGGCGGUACUUCUCUCUUUCCUCCUUCUCCCCUAAUUUCUCCCCCCUUUCCUUUUCAUUUUCGAUAUUUUUCCACUAAUAAAAGAAUUCUUGAUUCUGUUAGAGAACAAUGCAAAAUUAGGGUUUUCCGAUCUUAAACUUCCACAAUCUCUCUUCAAUCAAUUGACCUCUUUGCGCCCUCUUCCUUCUGUUAUCGUUUUCAAUCAGCUCUUUACUGCCAUUUCCAAAUUGAAAUGGCUUCAUCCUCAUUCCACCAUUAUUUCUCUCUCCAGACGCCUUGACUUACUUGGCCUUCCUCCUGACAAUUAUUCCCUCACCAUUCUCGCCAAUUCUUACUGCCACUUGGGCUUUAUCGAUUUUGGGUUUUCUCUUCUUGGUAAAAGUCUUAAGCUUGGAUAUCCCCCUGAUUGUGUUACCUUUACUUCCUUAAUCAAUGGUUAUAUCCUUAAUGAUAUGCUCCCUCAAGCUGCUCAAUUGUUGAAUAAGAUUAUCAAGUUAGAUUUCCAAUCCAAUAUAGUUAGUUACAUAUGGUGCUAUUUUCAAAGGCCUUUGUAGAAUAGGCGACAAUGCCAGUGCUCUCACUUUGCUUACCAAAAUGCAUUCUGCUGCUCAUUGUAAGCCUAACCUUGUCAUAUACAACACUAUUAUUGAUAGUCUCUGUAAGGACAGCUUAUUACAACAAGCUAUGGACCUCUUCUCCGCUAUCAAAACCGAUGGCAUUCAACCUAAUGUUGUCACCUAUACUUCCUUGAUUCGAGGCCUCUACAAUUCUGGAUGCAGGGAAGAGGCUAAGGCUGUGUUGACUGAGAUGUUAAAGACCAACAUAGCGCCUACUGUUGUGACCUACAGCACGCUGGUUGACAUGUUUUGUAAAGAUGGGAAUGUUAAGGAAGCACAAGCCACAUUGCAGCUCAUGACUCAUAAAGGUGUUACUCCAAACAUCUUUACUUACAAUGCUUUACUUGAUGGUUAUUGUUUGCGUGGUCAAAUGAGAGAUGCAAAAAAGCUACUUGAUAUCAUGGCCCAAAAUGGUUGUGAGCCUGAUCUUGUAAGUUUGAAUUCUAUGAUCAAUGGAUAUGUCAAACUCAAAAACAUUGUCAAUGGAUAGUUCAUUGCUUGAUGACCUAUGUAAAUGUAAACGGCUUGAUGAGGCAGUGGCAUUACUUGAAGAUAUGGAGGAUAAAGGUAUUAGGCCUGAUAUUGUCACUUACAAUAUCCUAAUGGACAGCUUGUGUGAGGCUGGGCAACUUGAAGAUGCAGCAAAAUUCUUCUCUGAUCUUGU